AUGCAGCACUAUGGGGUAAAUGGUUACUCUCUCCACGCCAUGAACUCCUUAAGCGCCAUGUAUAACCUACAUCAACAGGCAGCGCAACAAGCACAGCAUGCACCUGACUACCGUCCCUCUGUUCACGCGUUGACCCUCGCUGAGAGACUGGCCGGCUGUACAUUUCAAGACAUCAUUCUUGAAGCUCGCUAUGGCUCUCAGCACCGAAAGCAGCGCCGGAGUCGCACCGCUUUCACGGCUCAGCAGCUGGAGGCUCUGGAGAAGACUUUUCAGAAGACCCACUACCCUGAUGUGGUUAUGCGGGAACGUCUGGCCAUGUGCACCAACCUCCCCGAAGCACGCGUUCAGGUAUGGUUCAAAAACCGCCGUGCUAAGUUUCGCAAGAAGCAGCGCAGCUUGCAGAAAGAACAACUGCAGAAGCAAAAGGAGGUGACGACGGAGGGGACCAUGGCGACAAGCGACAAGGAUGAACCUCCAUCGACAAUAACCUCCGAGAGCCAACUACCUCCCUCGUCUUCCUCCUCUUCCUCUUCCUCUGCCGUCGAGGCAGAAGUACCUCCCCACGGAUUGACUUCAGAGUUAAGUGUUGAAUUGAAUGUCACCUCACCGGAGCAGUCUGGAAGUGAGUCGGCGACAGAGGACAACACAACAGACAAGGAAGAGGAGGUUAAGCAGCAGAGGGAGGAACUAAAAUCUGAGAAGGUUCUAGCUCCUGAUCACCUUUCUCCUCCUUGCAAACGUCUCAGCCCAAAACCAGAUUCUCCCCUUGGCUCUCCAGUGAUUGCAUCCUCCUCUAGUGGUGUUAGCAGUGGGAUCUCUCAGAGUCACUCUUACUCCUCCUCCCCGCUCAGUCUCUUCCGUCUGCAGGAGCAGUUCCGCCAGCAUAUGGCCGCCACUAACAACCUGGUGCACUAUCCAUCUUUCGACAUGGCGACACCCUCCUCCAUACCGUACCUGGGUAUGAAUGUCAACAUGCCGGCCCCUCUUGGUUCACUGCCGUGCCAGUCGUAUUAUCAGUCGUUGUCGCAUCAUGCUCAGCAGGUCUGGAACAGCCCUCUGCUCCAGGCUGGAGCUCUCCCCAGCCACAACAGCAAGACCACCAGCAUCGAGAACCUGCGGCUCCGAGCCAAGCAGCACGCGGCGUCGCUGGGUCUGGACACGCUUCCGAACUGA